GCAGGCUGACGGAGAGCUAAGAACUGAGUGCCUGGCGACCGGAAAGGCCGACAUUGCCGUUUCACUUUGCACCGGUGCGCGACACAAGAUGGUGUCGUCACCGUGGCGAGACACGUACGUGGCCGCCCGGCGUCUAUCGUCGUGCGUCGCGGCGUUGGUGAUGCUCUACAUCGAAGUCACGGGCUCGAUGGCGACGAAAGCCGCCUUGUACGGCGCCACAGCACCCGCCGAGCUCAGCAACGUAUACUACAGUCCUCUCAUUGGUCCAUUCUUGCGUCUCGUGGCCUCCAACGCGAGUUAUUUGGCAGCGGUGGCACCGACCUCGCGCCUUGACGUGCUCUAUAUCGAUCAAAAUGAGUCGUUAGAGAACUUGGCCGUCUCGGCAACGUCCUGCGGGACGUACCGUGAGACCGACGCCAUGUACACUCGAAGCUUCUUGACGCCGCUCCUGCACGAGCUCCUCGAUGCGCAGCGGUCGUGGCACGCGAUCGACCUGCGCGACCACGUUGUCGUCGUCGACUGCGCCUUCACGGGGCGGCUUCUCAACGACACGACAGCACUCAAGUUGCACUUGAUCGAUCGCACGCAGACCAACGUGACGACCAUCUUUCUCCAGACGAUGUUGCUGACGCGACCGGCCAAGUGCAUGACGCUCGGCGGCGGCCUCGUUAACGUUGUGACAUCACCGAUCCACAGCAAGGCGGGGCCGGCGACGUAUUACCACCUCCUCGGUAUUGAGUUUCCGUUCGUCAUGGCGCCGUUCGAGCGUAUUGCGCUGCAAAACCCAAAGGAGACACAAUGGCGCGCGACAGUGCUUAGCUCGGGCGAGCGCGUCAUCUUGUCGGGCACGGACGGGGUCUACCGCGCGUCACCCGCGCUCCAGGGCAACUAUGACUACUACCAUUGGACGCUCCCAGACGACCCGAAGCGCUUCAUGGAAGAAAUCGCCUACAUCGCAGAGCCGUACUCGGUCGACAGCUACGCGUGGGUGCGCUGCCUCCUCGGGUUGGGAGUCGCCUUCAACCUCUGCGCCAGCUGCGUCGUCGCGCUGCUCGUCGUCGUGCAUUCGUGGCUUGCGCGGCGCGAGGUGUGGAUACCGGAUCUAUACCCCAGCAUCCAGCGGCGCGUCCAGCUGCGGUCGCUCCUGCUCGUGGGUGCUACGAUCUCGACCAACUACUGGCACAUCUUUGAGUACUGUCUCCAGAACGGCAACGCGCGCGAAGGCAUCAACCAAGGCUUUGUGCUGCACGACAUGGUGCGCGCGGACGGUCUCACGUACCUCCUCGCGCUCGCGCUAACCCUCUCGGAUCUCCUCCGGACACGCCUUUGCCUCGACGUCGUCGUCCUGCUGUACGUGGCCUGCUUGCACCAGCGGCUAACGCUGAUAAACGCACUGCAGUGGCGCAUGGACGAGACGAGAGCCUUCCUGGCCGCCAACUACGUCGACUGCAUUGUGUCAGAACCUGGUGCGGCCAUGACACAGUGGAUGUACCACCGCAAUACCGAGACGCCGAGCUUCCUCCUCGCGACCGAGCUCUCGUGGUUCGUCGUCGCCCUCGGCCUCACGCUACUCUACGGCGUCAGUGCCAAGGCGCUCAAUCUGCCGUGUCGCCGGCGAUCUUGGCGGCGACAGCCCGUGCGCAUAGCCGUUGGAAUCGCCAGGAGCGAAGAGCGCUCGCCACGGGUCGCUCACCAGCGUUGGUCGCGUCAGUCGUCGCUCUACUCAUUCUCUAGCGACGCCGACAAGAGCGAUGGGAGCUCCGUGUUCGAGCGCAGUGCGAUGCAAGCGCUGGCCCGGACGUACGGUCUUGUUGCACCCCUCGAUGAGUACGAGCUCUGCAGCGACAGUCGCAAAGUGACCUCGUCCUCGAUCUGGCUUCUCGGCUACGUCAUCCUCAAGGACGAAUUUGUCGUUGAACUCCGCGACUAUGUUCGGAUCUGGGCCAACCUUCUUUUGUCCCAGCGCGUCUUCCGCGUCUACUGCUUUCGGAUUCAAGAUCAUGACAUGACAAGUAUUCACAAGGAGCGCCUCCCGAUGCAAGGCCUCGUCGCGCGCGAUCUGAUUCACCACAUUUCCCUACGCCCCUUGCGCUAA